AUGGAUCCCGUCACGGCUUUCGGGCUUGUGGCGGGGAUUGUGCAGCUGGGCUCAUUCGUGGCUGAUCUCGCAGGCAACUUGCGCCGCUCUCGGCAUCAAGGAGGACAACUUAUCAGACUUCGAGAUGUCCUCCAAGAGCUCUCCCACCUGAGACUUCGAAUCGGAGAGGACCAUCCAGAUGUGGAGAGGGUGGUGCGACUGGUGGAAAAGUGCAGGAACUUGCUCGAGGAGCACGACCCAAGCCUGAGAACCUCCCGUGGCCUAACCUUUACAUGGCCAGCGAGUCUCGAGAACGAAAUCCGUAUCAUCAACGAAGACCUCACACGGAUGUACACAAGACUACUAUUGUACCGCGUGGAUUUUCCUCCCACCCCUAGUUCACAUGGCAGUCAACAAAGCCAACCAGGGCGGACACCUAGCCUUCCACCAUAUGCACUCCUGCCAGAGCCUGCACUCACCCCUACUAUUAGUCGCAGGGGUUCUCUGGAGUUCAUCGACCUCCCGGCCACACUAUUUCUAGGAGAAGACGGGCCCAGGAUCGCCCUGCAGCACGUGAAUAUCCUGGAAAGGGAUAACUCGUCCCGCAUCCUCCAAUACGAGAGUAGCGACAAGCAAGUCAUCGUCACUCACCGGAUCCCAUUCGGCACCAAGCCGAACGCAGAUGGCGAGGUGCGGGCGCGGAGGGUCAACUUCCUCGCGCAGCACGAGAUCACAGUCGAAGACCGAGACGGGUUCCGCAUCUACUGCCUGGACCCCACAUACGUCUUCGGCAGCUCUACCAACUGCAAAAGCUUCAUCUCCAAAGUGCGCGAGCGCGAGCUCAUCGAGACGUUCCUGCCCCGCGAGAUCCGUCGCGGUGUGGAGACGCGAGCCAGGGCGAAGGUGCUCCGUAUCUGGAGGAAGUACGAGGGUGCCAACCCUCCCAGGCCGCUGGUCACGAUGGGCUUCCACGACCGUACAGAGAGCAGGCAAAUAGAGCUGGAUAUGAAGCUGUAUGAUCGUACCGUAACGCAGACGAAAGAUAAGAAGGUACUAGAUAUCUGGAGGACAGAUGGCUCCACCAAAUUGUCCCUGUCAUUCGAGAAUGCGAAAGAUGUAAAGAGCUUUCUCGAAGUCUACCAAGACGUUCAUCCGGACAAACCUUCGGCUUCACCGGCCUAUCCGCCAUCACUGCCACCCUUCAACUUCUAG